AUGGAUUCACCCCGCUGGAAACCUGUCCAGUCAGAAACAGGAAAUAGAACUGUCAAACGGUGCAGAAGAUCGUCCGCUAUGGUACCAGCUGCUACAAUAGUCAGUAAGACGAAACGGGAGCUCGAGAUGGAGCCCCGGUCUUCGCACGCAACUCGCGCAGACCUCGCCUACCACAAGACUCCGUGGCUCACGGACAUCCCUGCCGUGACACAGACGUCUCACGGUGAGUCUUACAGUUUCUAUUCGGCUCCAGCACACGCUCAGCUGUCCCCGGUGCAAGUGCGACGUUUGUCGUCAGAACAGUUGUUCAACGAGAUGGAAAAGGAACAGGAUGCGAUCGUGUUGCGGCUUUUGCGCGAAAUCGAGUACCUCAAGGACGAGAACACUCGGCUUCGUAACCACGCCAGCGAAAACCGAUUGUCGCGCCCGACAAGCCCCAAUUGGUCUUCCAGUAUGAGCACUUUAUGCGUCAAUUGCGACGCGACUAGGCCCACCAUGCCCCAACGGAAACUUUCUUCGACCUCCUCGAGCGACAGUACCCAUUCCAGACGAAAUUCUUCGAUCACACCUAUUGAUACCGUGACACCGACUCUGCAUCUCCAGCGGAAACGCAAUUCUGCCACUUCCAAUGAUCAUCCUGCCUCAGAAGAUUUGAACGAUAUGAGCAAUUCCUUGAACGAUCACAUCCACACCCACGGACCUCGAGGUUACGUGAGAAGACGUUCUUCAUCGCGUUUGGCCGUGGUAGAACCGACGACGUCUCAGCGAGCUGCAGACUAA